UUCGUCGAGUGCGUGUCAGCUGCGGACAGCGGUGCAGACGACAGCAGAAAGAGAAGAAACUCUCCUCAAGGAAAAGGCAUCAGCCAUGAGCGCAAGUCUUUCUCUUUGGCAAAGUCUUCUAUGCACUGUCUGCCAAGAGCACGCAGCUUGUUUUGAACUUAUAUUCUGAAACUACAUAAAAUAAAGUUUGUUUUGUUGGUUUGUUUUGAAACAAUGUUCGUUCGCCUUGUUGCCUAUUCUACGCGACAGUUACCCUUGUUAAAUUGGAGCAGUUCUCUUGGCAAUGUCGCGAAACGACACAUCGGGGAUAAUGCCAGAUUAGGCAUUACUACAAAGCCACAUAAGACAUGGAAAGAUUGGCGAGCCCUUGGCCCAAAGGCAAACAUCAUACUGAUGGGAAGUCCAGGCAGUGGAAAGACUACAACAGGAAGAAUUCUGGCACAGCAGAUGGGGCUGCCUUACAUAGAUGUGGAUGAUGACCAUCUGGAGCCUUACUGGGGGAAGUCUGUUUCAGAAAAGUUGAAAGAAGUUGGAGAUGAGCGGUUUGUAGAAGAAGAAGGCAGAGCACUGAUGACAUUAGAAGCAGAAGGUUGUAUCAUCUCAACUACUGGAUCAAACCCACUUCAUCCAAAGUCCAUGUCAAAAUUAGCACAAUCUGGGCUGGUUGUGUUUCUGGAUAUGUCUAAAGACUCCAUCUUGAAACGUCUCAACAUGAUGAAGGUUAACCGUAUUGUGGGGCAGAAGUCUGGAGCCAGUAUGUCUGACAUACUUGAAUACCGUCAAGAUUUUUAUGAGCGCUGGUAUGACCUGCGUAUUAUUUGUGAGGAUGGAGAGACACAAGAAAGUGUUGCUCAAAAGAUUGUUAAGGCAGUCAAUGACUUCAGCAAUGAAGAAGGUUUUGUUUCAUCAAGAGGAGGCGCAGAUGACAUUCCCAGGGAUUAUGUUUCAUUCCUUGAUGCUGUCCUUAAAGGGCUUGCUCCAGAUGGCGGUCUAUACUUGAAGGCCAAGAAUCGCCCUAAGUUCACCCUUGGAGAACUGAAAAGAUUGGUUGAUCAUGAUUUCAGAAGGCGGGCACUGAAGGUGCUGGAGAGAUGGAUUCAUCCUCUUGAUUUGUCACCUCAGGAGAUUCAGAAGUGCCUGAACAAGAGCUUUAGUCAUAGCACAUUUUCAUGUCCUGAGGUAGCUCCAGUGAAACGACUUAUAGACAAUCACUUUAUCCUUGAACUUUUUCAUGGACCAACUGCAUCUUUCAAAGAUGUGGCAUUGCAGAUCAUGCCUCACUUCUUUGUGAAGGCCAUGCAGUCCAGCAAUGAUGCUUCCAAAUAUCUGAUUCUUGUGGCUACUUCAGGUGAUACUGGUGGUGCAGUGCUUGAUGGCUUUAGGAGACAUUCAGGAGAUGCAAGAGUAGGGGUCAUGGUUUUCUAUCCCUGCCAUGGCAUCAGCCAAAUUCAGCGCCAUCAAAUGACAACUAUGGAGGGUCCCAAUAUAAAAGUCAUUGGAGUGGAUUCAGACUUUGACUUUUGUCAAUCCACUAUUAAACAAAUCUUUGGAGAUUUAGAUUUGGCAGAGUGGAUGAAAAAUGAACUGGAUUGCAGGCUGAGUGCUGCCAAUUCUAUCAACUGGGGGCGAUUGCUACCACAAGUGGUAUACCAUGUGUCAGGUUAUCUUGAAAUGGUUCGGACUGGCCAGAUCCCAUUUGGCCAGGUGGUGGAUUUGUGUGUGCCCACUGGCAAUUUUGGCAACAUCCUCAGUGCUUAUUAUGCCAAGGAAAUGGGCCUGCCAGUCAGACAUCUAAUUUGCGCCUCCAAUACAAACCAUGUACUAACAGACUUUAUUAAGAAUGGUGCAUACGUUCUAACUGGAAGGUCGCUGUACCGCACAGCAUCACCUUCCAUAGAUAUCUUGCAGUCAUCUAACUUAGAGCGGCUGAUUUUUCACCUGUCUGGAGAGAACCCCAAGACUGUAAGACACUUCUACUCUACCUUGCAAAAAGAAGGUGUGGCACCUGCUCCCAAAGAAGUGUGGGAGGGCAUCCAGCAGCAUUUUGUAGCUGGUUAUGCAACGGAGGCUGAUUGUAAGGAGAACAUCAUGCAGACAUUCAAAGCCACUGGUUACAUGAUGGAUCCACACACAGCUGUUGGCCGCUUUGUAGCUUGUACAGUUGGUGAUCCCAACAUGCCAACUGUGAUAUCUGGAACAGCUCACUAUGCCAAAUUUGUGGACAAGAUUUUGCCUUUCUUCUAUGGCAACCUGCAGGACUAUAAUAACAUAAGUGUUGACAAGCUGUUCGAACAGGCACAGACCCUCACACGUCGUCCUACUAUGCACCAGAAACUUGAAGCUAUGGUAAACAAGCAGGUUGUUCACUAUGACCAGGUACCUGCAGACUAUGAGUCUAUUACCAAAACUGUCGUAGAUUUUGCAAUGCAACUGUGAAAGGAGUUUAUUCUUUAAAAUGGGUAAAAAUUUUAUAAGUGGGGAGAGGGAGAAGCGGAAUUUUUAUUAUCAUUCAGAAAGGAGAAGUGCUUGAUUUCAUUUUUUUUCUAUCCACUGGUACCUUCGGUUGUCAUGGAGAGAUAGAGGCCUUGGUGACAGUAAAGCCAUGUGGCCAGAGUGUCUCUGCCACAUUCUCGAUCCAGCAUAUGGGGAGUUGUCCUUAUGCUCUGAUACCAAAGCAUCUUCAGGUGGUCUUUAAGUGCUGGCAGCUAACUAGCACCCUGACUCUUUGCUGUUAGAUGCACUGGUGGACUGGGAUGGACCCCUAUUGUCCCUAAAGUUUGUUUCAUUUUUUUUCUUUAUCAUGCCCCCUAGUCUUGUUAGCUGCCUGUUGCAGACAUCUCAUGUUUUUCUUUCCUGGGCAUUGAUCAGUGUCCAAGUCUGGCACUGAUAGGGUGGGUAAAAAGAAUAUGAUGAGCUGUGUCUUUAUCCAUUGAUUCUUUGUUCCCAGCAUAGAGCAGUUCAUUCAGCUUUACACCAAAGAUAUUAAUAUACAGAAAUAUACAACAUAUAUAUUGUUUGAUUUAUGUUUUUAAGCACCAAUGCUUUUUCUAGUUAUCAGUAACUGACUAUGGUACUGAUUUUCUGUCUCUCACACACAAAUAUCACUUGCUUUAGAAUACAAUGGUUAUGAGCGACUUGUUUUCAUGUGGAUUGUCCGUAGCCGGUGAAAGAUUUUGUUCAUGAAUUACAGAUGCACUUGGUUGUCACUGUGAAUUUAGACUUAUUAGACUGCCAGUACAUUUGUUACAUUUAUUUUGAAAAGUUUUUAAGAGCAAAACUGCUAAAUUAAUGUAUCUUAUACUGUGAUAUUUUUGCAAGGCCAGAUGCAUUUUUUAAAAACCAUAAUGCUCCAAUAUUAUCCAUAAAAUUGUAAUGCUGUUCAGUCACUGUGUAAUAGUCAUCUUUAUGGCUUCCUUGUGACCAAUUAGUUUAAAGUUAUUGUUUGCUUUGUAUAUUUUAAAGUACUUAAAAGAUAUGAAACUUCCACUUUUCAUAUACUUUGACUCUGCAAAGCAAGAAAAAUGUAUAUCAAUUUAUACAUAUAUUAUUAACAAAGUUAGUUAAAGUGAACAGAAUUAUUAUAUAUCUAAAAAAUACAUUAAAAUAAAUGUGUUUUUGAUUAUUUAGAGAAACAUCAAAUGCACCUAGUGUUUGCUCACUUUCUUUUAAAAAAAAAUGUCCUAAACAGAUUUUUAUAUAUAUUGGUUAACUGAACCUGGCUUGCCAAAUGUAUGAAGAAAAAAGGCUUGCAUGUAUUGAAGAUGUCUUGUGCCAGUUUCUUUACAAACUAUUUGGUUUUUGAGGGGAUACCAAGACAGUUUGGGUAAGAGUUGGUCUGUCAUAUUCCCAUAAAACUGGUCUGUCACA